UUUCGGGCAAUGCUGUGCUUCUGCUAAAGAAAUUCUUCCAAAAAAAAAAAAAAAAUGGCUAAAACCCCUCUCCUCCUUCUUCUUCUCCUCUCUGGUUUCCUCUGCUCUGUCGCCGUCUCCGCUCCCGCUUCACCUGCAAGAAUUGUGAAGGGUUUUUUCUCAAACCACGCAUUCCCUGUGCUGACGAAAUGGGUUAUGUCGCUCAAGGCCACCACAAAGACUGCCAUGAGUGGGCGGCCAUUGAUGAAGUUCGAAGGAGGGUACAAUGUGGAAACAGUUUUCGACGGGAGCAAGCUCGGGAUUGAGCCACACACUGUCGAAAUUCUGCCCGAUGGCGACCUCCUCAUCCUCGAUUCCAUCAACAGCAAUGUCUACAAGAUCUCCUCCUCCCUCUCUCUCUACAGUAGGCCGAGGUUGAUUAUGGGCUCGGCGGACGGGUACGCAGGGCACGUCGACGGGAGGUUGAGGGAUGCGCGGAUGAACCAUCCGAGAGGGCUGACGGUAGACGAUAGAGGGAAUGUGUACAUUGCUGAUACAGAUAAUAUGGCGAUUCGCAAGAUUAGCGACACAGGAGUUACGACGAUUGCGGGUGGAAAGCGUGGUCGGGGAGGAGGUGGGCAUGUCGACGGCCCGAGUGAGGAUGCGAAAUUUUCCAACGAUUUCGACGUCGUGUAUCUCGGAAGCAGCUGUUCCCUCCUCGUAAUCGAUCGGGGAAACAAGGCGAUUCGGGAGAUACCGCUACAUUUCGAUGAUUGUGCUUAUCAAUACGGAAGCGGGUUUCCCUAUGGAGUUGCUAUGCUUUUAUCUGCCGGGUUCUUCGGGUACAUGCUUGCCCUUCUUCAACGUAGGCUUCGAUCGAUUAUGUCUCCUCAAGAUGACGAAGAAGUAAUGAAAGAUAGCUUUUCGUCGAGUUCGUACGAGAAGCCAUUGAAGUCAUCUCUUCGCCCGCCGCUGAUCCCGAACGAAGACGAGCAAGAAAAGCAAGAAGAAAGUUUUCUCGGCUCGUUAGGAAGACUCGUCGCACAAACCGGGGAAUCUGCCGCAGAAAUCUUGCGGGGAUUGCUUCCCGUGUUCAAGACAAAACCGACAAGACCGAUAAACCGGCAACAGCACAAGUACGCGACAGGGUCGUGGCCCGUGCAGGAGAGCUUUGUCAUCCCGGAUGAUGACGAGCCCCCGCCGUCGAUCGAGCAGAGGGCUCCGACGCCUAAGAAAACCUACGCGUUUAUGUCGAAAGAUUCUGAAAAAAUGCAGCAACUGAAGCAGAGCCGGGCGUUCUACUCAGGAUUAGACGUCGAGUUCCAGAAGAAGCAAGCAAAGAAAUCACAUCAGUACCGUCCCGAUGCUCGAAGCUUUGAGAGGCCCGACGAAAUGGGUUUCGGAGGCCCGCAAGAGCAAGAGAAGCAGCGGGUAAUGAAGCCUACGACGACGACGGACAGCAUUACCGGGAAGUAUCCCGGCGGCGAUCAUCAGAACAUUCGACCCCGAUUCGGAUACAUUCACGGUCAUUGAUAGAGGUCGAAUUUAUUUGAAAACUUUCUAUAUUGGGAGUGUGCGUGUGUAUGGUUAUGCCUAUGCAAACCAUAUUGGUAUUAUUAUUACUCCUCCUCCGAUGUUUGGACAACCGUUAGGGAGAGAUCCAUUUGUCCGAACAGUGAAGAUUUGAGGAGAUUUGCAGAUCCAAAGAAGAAUUUUAUCUAAAUAAAGACAAUACUGGG